AUGCCAACCCCAACAGAUAACGUAGCACUCAAUGUGCCAGAGCCAGAGCAUCUGCCUGACAAAGUCGGCGGGCCUAAAACAACCGGAAUGUUCGGCCGUACAUUCGAGUAUCAAUACCCCAGCGGUCCCCAGUACCGCAUAAGUUUUAGCAAGGAACUGGUCUACUUCACGGUUCCUGCCCUCCCAGACGGAACGACGGUUCUUGCGGUACCGUACCAACAGCGGGAGGUCCGACCCAACUUAUUCUUGGUGCAUUGGAUUGGCCCCGGAAGACAGGGACACGUCGCCCUGGUGUUUGACUUGGAGCAAAAGGUGGUCGACUGUGCGGCGCUGAUGCCGGCCGGGCUAUACGAGCUAUUUGAUCGUGCGGUGUUUAGAGAGGUUUAUGAGAAUGGGGACUCAGCGUUGUACUUGCCAUACGAAAUCCUUAUCGGUGAUGAGAAAUUCGACUAUUUAGUGCCUUCACAGAACCGUGUAAAAGACGUCAGUUGA